AUGGCGGGUCGUUUGAUGAGCCCUGGCCCGCAAGUCCUGGCGUAUAACGAGCUCAGGCAUGUCGUCUCCCGUCUACCAAGAAUCCGGUCUCGCGAAUUCGUCAGCUCGCUAUUCUCUGAAGACAGUUCCUUUUCCAUGCAAAUGUACGUGGUCGAACAUGUGGCCUACUGGAUUCGCAGGUGGCGAGAGACGGAAGAUUGGGCUCGGCUCUUCAAUGUUCAUGAGCGAUUUGGCAUGGAAAUGGCGCUGGCCAUCGUCCGCUCUGACAGAACGAAACCUGUUUUCCUGCACCCAGCGGAUUAA